AUGAGGGGUCAUUUGUUCUUUUUCACCCUUUUGGCUCUGCUUAUAGUGGGGAUCCAUGCAGCAGAUUCAAAUACAACGGUCUUCCCAUCUUGCGCGAUCACAUGUGACAACCAGCUAUUCUCUGAUUGCUCGUUGAGUAACAAUACAUCAUGCUUCUGCGCCAGUGACUCUCGUACCACAGCCCUGUUAAAUUGUGUUGAAAGCAACUGCACGACAAAGCAAUUCUUCACUACGAAACGACUGUACGAACAAGAAUGUGAUAUAACACCGCUCAAAGGCCCUGCGGUGGUCAACGCCUCGACUCUAAUCCCGUUUAUUCUUGCAACUUUUUUCUUCGUCAUGAGAAUAAUCGCCAAGAGCAGCGGCCUCGCUGGUGGAUGGGGAUGGGAUGAUUAUACAAUCAUUGUCUCAUAUAUCAUAGGAGUCGCCAUAUAUGUUCUGGAUAUAUACAUGAUCCGCAAUGGCUUCGGUCGAAAUAUCUGGGACCUCCCUUUUCCCACAAUCACCAGGUUCUACCAGUUAUUUCAAGCUAUGGCCGUUAUGUAUAAGGUUCAAAUUUCCCUCGCAAAGAUCUCCGUGUGCCUCUUCCUACUCCGCAUCUUCCAAUCACGCACAUUCCGCUAUUUAGCAUACGCGCUCAUCGGUAUCAACGCAUCGAUCGGUAUCACCUGGGCCUCGGUUGAUGCCUUCCGCUGCUCGCCGACACGCCUAACAUGGAUCGGCUGGACGAACGAGGAACCCGGAUACUGCAUCAAUUUUAUCGUCGCGGUUCUUGUUAACUGUCUGGUGAAUAUUUUUGUCGACUUUAUAUUGAUUAUGAUGCCGGUGUAUGAAGUGAUCAAGUUGCAGUUGCCUUUGCGAAAGAAGCUAGCUGUGGCAUCGAUGUUUAUCGUGGGCUCUGUUCUAACGAUCAUCGCGAUAAUCCGAGUCGUCGUCUUCUGGACCAACCGCUGGGGCGCCAAUGAGACUCUAGGACUAUAUCCCCUCAUGCACUGGUCCGUCAUCGAAUCUCAGAUUUCGGUCAUGUGCGCUUGCUUGCCUGCAUUCAGAGCUAUCGUCCUUCGAUGGUUCCCUCGUUUCCUUGGGGGAUCGUCGAACCGAACGAAUGCAUCUCACACAGCCGAGUACUAUAACAAAAAGUCCACGGCGAGCGGCAAUAUCAACAAGUCUAUGACCUACUCGGUGAAUUAUGAGUCCCGGUCACCAACGAGUAGCGAUGUGGAGUUGGUGGAUAUGGAUUCGAAACAUGGGCAGUGA